AAAGCCAAACACGAGUCAUUUUCGAUUGAUUAGAAUUUAGAAGCCAAUUAAAAUUAACACUGGGUUUGUUCUUAGUUUUGAGGGGAAUUCCUUCUUCUUCUUCUUCUUUAGAGAAAAUUACUGAAAAUUCUGCAGUAGAUUCGAGAGUUUAGAUAGACACUCAACACAGAAUUUUUAGGUCUCGCCAUGGCUCAAGCCAGCAACAAUGGUGGUGUUGGAGGAGUUGAUAACACUUUUAGAAAGAAAUUUGAUCGCGAAGAGUACCUGGAAAAAGCUCGGGAGCGCGAAAAACAGGAGGCUGAAGGUAAAUCCAAAUCCAAAUCUAAAGGUCCUCCUGUACAAAGAAAGCCAUUGAAGCAUAGAGAUUAUGAAGUGGACCUUGAAUCUCGUUUGGGUAAAACUCAAGUAAGUUUCUAUGUAUAUUCUAUCUCUAUCCAAUGAUUUUUAUGUUAAAUGGGUUUUGAGUUAUGUAUUGUUAGUGUUAGCUUGUUAUGUUAGGUACUUAGCAAGGCUGAGUGCUGAUGUAUUAGUUCAAGGAACAGUGAUGAUUAGGUCUUUUCUGGAGUUUAUUUAAGGCUUCAUCUGCUUGACUUGUGAACAAACCUAAGUAGUCUCAUAAGAAACUUAGGUAUUUCAUACUUUCGUUUUGCAUAUUAUGUAUGGGGAUGUAUGCUG